CGAUGCGGCAGAAGCAAAAGCAAAGGAUCUUGCCAAUGCUCGCUCUCUUUCGGCUUUCAGCCCCCUGCUCAUCAUCAUAUCUCUUGCUACUCUGUCUGCAGCCAUGGCUGUCGGGAAGAACAAGCGGAUCUCCAAGGGGAAGAAGGGUGGCAAGAAGAAAAUUGUCGACCCCUUCUCCAAGAAGGACUGGUAUGAUAUCAAGGCUCCUAACACCUUCACGCAGAAGUCGCUUGGGAAGACCCUUGUCACCAGAACCGCGGGUACCAAGAUUGCCUCCGACGGGUUGAAGGGUCGUGUGUUCGAGGUCUCCUUGGCUGAUUUGCAGAAUGACGAAGAUCAGGCUUUCCGCAAGAUUAAGCUGAGGGCCGAGGAUGUGCAGGGCAAGAAUGUUCUUACUAAUUUCUGGGGCAUGGACUUGACGACGGACAAGCUGCGGUCUCUGGUGCGUAAGUGGCAGAGUUUGAUUGAGGCUCACGUGGAUGUCAAGACUACAGACAACUACCAGCUCCGCAUCUUCUGCAUUGCGUUCACUAAGAAGAGGCCCAACCAAAUUAAGAAGACCUGCUACGCGCAGAGCAGCCAAAUCCGCCAGAUUAGGCGGAAGAUGAGGGAAAUCAUGACCAAGGAAGCCCAGACUUGUGACUUGAAGGAACUUGUUGCCAAGUUUAUCCCUGAGGUUAUUGGGAAGGAAAUUGAGAAGGCAACCCAAGGAAUCUACCCACUCCAGAACACGUUCAUUAGGAAAGUGAAGAUCCUCAAGGCUCCCAAGUUUGACUUAAUGAAGCUCAUGGAGGUUCAUGGGGACUACAGCGAGGAAGUCGGUGCGAAGAUUGAGAGGCCUGUUGGGGACGAUGCCGAAACCGAUGCUGCUGCUGCCGCCGAGCCAGUUCCCGGGGCCUAGUCUAUUAUUAUGUACUCUGAUGAAUUCAGCACAAUGUAUUCAAAUAUUUCUGACUCCAUCUUCGCCAAUUGCUACAUUCUUCUUACCUAGGCAAUUUCCCUUGUGUUGAGUGUGAACUGUAACACGAUAGACUUAUUCUUUGCGGCAUGGUUAUGGACAGUUACUUAUGAACGAUAAUUUGAGGAUAUUUUUAGUCUU